AUGAAGGGUGACUUGAAAAUUAUGGGUUUGAGUCUUGAGGUUGACAAUUAUGCAGACUACGAUGAGGCUUCUGAGGAACUGCAAGAAAGUGUGAGAAUGGGUGAUGAGCAUGAUGAUUUCCACAACACUCUCCUUCCCUUCCUACUCACCGUCUCUUGCUUGUUGCUAACCUCUUUCCCACACUCCCACUCUCAACCACCCCCACCACCACCACAACGCACUUGCUCUCACCAGUCAUACGCGUGCAGCAUAAACGUUUCCGCCAUCUUCUAUCCUUUCUGGGAACGCGCCCCACCAUGUAGCGACGGUGACGAAUCCCUGCUCUACUGCGGUGCUUCUUAUGGUAAUAAUCCUCCAAUCGAAUCUCCAUAUUUCACAGUGAAGGAGAUCAACGACGCCCAUCACACCAUGAAAGUGAUGCUAACAUACCCUGUCAAGGAUGUUUGUUCUCCGGAAUUUGUUCCCACUUACCAGAAUUUGAAUAACACUCUGUUCCAGUAUUCCGCGUCUGUGCACAACAUCACCACAUUCUUCGAUGGUUGUUCUGAUCACAUCCCAAAUUUCCCUUCAAACCGCAAAUUUGAGUGCGAGAAUGUUGCGCAUUAUUUUGAGGAGAGAGACAAGGAGGAAGAGAUGCUCCAGAAAUAUCCGAAGCUUAGGGAUUGCAAGCAACGUUUGCUAGUGCCCACUGCCGCUCCUCUGGAGCAUUAUGUUUACGGUGAUGAAGGAUAUGAUGUUCUGAGAGAAGCUAUCAGUGAUGGUUUUGAGGUGUACUAUGAUGUUCCUCAACAUUGCAAACGAUGCAACGAAACGGACGGAAGUUGCUGGAACGGUGGUAUUGGUGAAUAUGUAGUUUCAUGCAAGUAUUGCUCAAAUGAACACUGUUCUUCUCCCGCCGAAAAUAGUUUCGAUGACAAUUACGUUGUUGACCAGAUGACUUUGAGAAAAACUAUAGUAGUUGACUGCACAUUUUUCCAAGUCUUGCUGAGAUGGUCCCCACAAGUAUUAUUAGGUGGUUCCUUCUUUACACCUGCACUUCCAUCGUCCAGCUUUGACCCUGCCUGCACACCUAAAAGUUGUGGAAAUGGCCCAUCCAUUAAGUAUCCUUUCUGGAUUCCUGAUGAACAGGGAUCAUUUUGUGGCUAUCCCUCCUUUGAGAUCACUUGCUUGGACAAAAAUCCAAUUCUCAGAACUUCUAGUUAUGAUUUUCUGAUGAAAGAUAUCUCUUACUCUAACUCCUCAUUUACUGUGGCCAACAUAGCUUUCUAUGAGGACAAUUGUCCAGUUCCCUUAUAUAAUUACAGCUUUGAUCAAACUCCAUUUACCUACAGUUCAGAAAAUUGGAAUCUCUCUUUCUUCUACAACUGUACCACAGAACCCAUAGAUUACCCCACUUACGAAGUAGAUUGUGCUAAAAAUGCUUCACAUUAUUCUUUUGGGGUUUUUCACAAGGAGGCACUAGAGCACAGAAACUAUUCCUUGAACGAGUGUCAGUUUAUGGUUAAUGUGCCAUUUUACAAGAACGCUGCUGUUAAUUUCACUAGCUUAUUGAGAAUGAAUUACAUUGAGAUUUUGAAGAUGGGCUUUCUUUUGAAUUGGACUGCACCUGAUUGCCAGUACUGUGAGACAAGUGGUGGACGUUGUGGAUUUGAUAGCAAUCAGUUCCUCUGCUUCUGCAAGGAUAAGUCCUACUUAAAAACUUGUGGUAGUGGCACACUUAAUUUGCCAAGGAAAAUCCUUAUAGGUGUUGGUUCUGGUGUGGUGGGAGCACUUUUGGUGGGCAUUUGCGGCUAUCUCUAUAUUCGUAGAAGAAAGAAUAGUUAUGUAAUGUCAUAUAUACAAUCUCGGAGCCUCUCUUCUGAUCCAUCUUCAAAAGACACUGAGAAGGGAACUCAAAGCUUCACUCGCAGCAUUUUACCCGGAGUGCCCCACUUCUCCUAUGAAGAACUAGAAGAGGCCACAAAUUACUUUGACUCAUCUAAAGAACUAGGAGAAGGAGGCUUUGGGACAGUGUAUUUUGGAAAACUGCGAGAUGGACGUUCUGUUGCAGUGAAGAGAUUGUAUGAGAACAACUACAGGAUAGUUGCACAGUUCAUGAAUGAAAUUAAAAUCCUAGCUGAUUUAGCUCAUCCAAAUCUUGUGACAUUAUAUGGAUGCACCUCUCGCCACAGUCGUGAACUUCUGCUUGUAUAUGAGUACAUUCCUAAUGGAACUGUUGCUGAUCAUCUUCAUGGUCAACGAUCCAAACCUGUAACACUCCCUUGGCAUAUUAGAAUCAAUAUUGCUGUUGAGACUGCAAGUGCACUGAAAUUUCUUCAUCUCAGAGGCAUCAUCCACAGAGAUGUCAAAACCAACAAUAUUCUUCUUGACAGUAACUUCCGCGUCAAAGUGGCAGAUUUUGGACUCUCACGUCUUUUCCCACAGCAUGUCACUCAUGUUUCAACAGCUCCACAAGGGACUCCAGGUUAUGUGGAUCCAGAGUACCACGAGUGCUACCAGCUUACUAACAAAAGUGAUGUAUAUAGCUUUGGAGUGGUGCUGGUUGAGCUGAUAUCUUCCCUGCCUGCCGUUGAUAUCACAAGGCAUAGACAUGAAAUCAAUUUGGCCAACAUGGCCAUCAACAAGAUUCACAAUCAGGCACUACAUGAGCUUGUGGACCCGAACCUUGGUUUUGAAUCAGAUUUGAAGGUAAGAAAAAUGGUAAGUGCUGUGGCUGAGUUAGCAUUUCAGUGCUUGCAGAGUUCCAAAGAUAUGAGACCUUCUAUGGAAGAAGUGGCGGACACUCUCGAGGAUAUACGGAGUGAUGGCAAAAACAAAAGUCAGCCUGAGGUAAUGGAUAUCUCAAGCUCAGCUGAUGAUGUUGUGUUGCUGAAGAAUGACCCUCCUCCGCCAUCACCUGAUUCUAAUGCAGUGAGCAAGACAACAACACCAAAUACUAGUGGAUGA